AUGGGAACCAGCCUUGAAACGGAAUUGUGGGUAGUGUAUAAAGGCCUCACUGUUAUUUUACAAAAAGGAUUAUCCAUCGUUCUGAUAGAAACAGACGCAACACAAGUCGUGAAGCUACUGAAGGAAGAAAUUGUGGCCAAUUGCCCCUUCAAAAAUUUAGUGGAUGAUGCAAAAAUUCUGAUAAGAGGCUGCGAAUGCACAAUCCAACACAUUUGGAAAGAAGGUAAUCUUUGUGCGGAUGCACUAGCCAAAUUCGGAGCAGAACAACUUGAAGAUAUACUGGUGGUGAAUGAACCACCAGCUGCAAUUAGAAGUUUGCUAAUGAGGGACAUGAUUGGUUUAUCCUCUGAACAAACUUAG